GUGUGCGCGCCGGGCCGGCCCUCCAGCUGCGCGCAUCUGGCGCGGGCGCGGGCGCUGCGGCAGCCUUCUCGGUGGGGCCGGCGAGGAGGAGGAUGGCGGCGGCGGCGGCGGCGCCGGGCUACGAGGCUCUGGUGCGGCGCGGCUACGCGAGCCUGUCCGGGGCGCUGCGGAGCUGCUCGGGCUGCGGCUGGGAGCUGGCCCGCCGGACCUGGGCCGAGAGCGCGCGGCUGGCCUGGAGCGAGGCGCUGCUCUGCCUCCUGGGCGCCGUCGGCUGGACCGUCGCCCGCCGCGCCGCCACCCGCCGCCUCUUUCGGGUUCGUGGCUCCGGAGGGCGCCUGGCAAGGGUUUGAUUGGGGGGCAGGACCCGGCUUGGCACCGCGAGGCUGAAACCCGUCACUGACUCGUCUUUCUAUGUGGGGAGGGGGAGAACGGGGCUUUGCACGGCAGGGGUUAAACCCCCCCUCGACUUAUAGCCUUGCUUUGAUGGGGUUAAACUGGCCUAAUAUUUUGGGCUGGGGGUGGCUUUCCAAUGCAUUCCAACGGUGAAAUCGGUGCCUGCCUCGUUUCCCCUGUGUGGGUGGGGGAAUUCACUUUGCAUUGCAAAUGUUACAUUGGCUCUUGGCUGGGGGGGGGGGGCUGGUUUUGCAUUGUAGGGGCUACACUGGUCCUUUCCUUGCAUUUUUUGGCGUGGGGAUGAUAUGGCUUUGUACCGCAAGGGUCAAAUUGGCUAUUGCACACUGUCUUAUUUUGGUGAGGGGGUGGAGAAUCUGAUUUUGCACUUCAGGGCUGUAAAACUGGUCAUUUAAAAAACCCCUCUUUUUGAGCAGCAGUGGGGAGUGAGAUGGGUUUGCACUGCAGGGAGGGUUAAAAACCAUCACCUUUGAGGAAGAAUCUGGUGCGUGUGGUGGGAGAAAUGAAAUCCACGGUGGAAAUGGGUCACUGCAUUGCCUCCAGAAAAAGGAGCAUCUCGUUUGUGCAUUGAUGGAGUGCGUAAAAUUGGUCAGAUCAUUGCAUGAGGGGAAACUAGGUUUGUACGUGUAUGAGCAAGAGAGCGGGGGCGCACAACCAAGAAGUCUAUUUUGCUGUGGUGGAAUAAAACGGUCUUUGCAUUAUAUGCAGAGAGGCAAGUGAAAUGUGCCAUCGUAAUUUGGGGGGGGGUGCAGUGAGGGGCAAGUGAAAGUGUCUGGUCCUUUGCAUUGCCAAGGGUGGGGAGGAAUCAGUCAUUGUGUUGUAUUCUUGGGGUGACUCCAUUUGGAACAGGGUGGCCUUGAAAAUUGCGCUCUCUCUGUGUGUCAAAACAUGUCGUCACAUCUUCCUGCCGGGUGCGAAAUCUGCAUCCUUGACAUGGCAUUUUUUGCAGCAAAAUGCGGCGUUGUCUGUGAGGUGGCGCUGGAACGGGGCCUCAAAGUCUUGUGGCCUGAAGCCUGUUGUUGGGUACCCAUGGGGGGGGGGGAGGCAGGGAUGCAAAAUUUGCAGGGAACGAGAAGUCUUAUUUGUUGUGAGUUGGCUAGCUCUUUAAAAAACCCAGUUUUAGGAGUGUGUGUUCAGAUUCGAAGAUGGUAUCUGAUGUUAGAUCCAUCCUCAGAGUAGACUGACCAAAGUGGAUGGAUGCGACUAACUCAGUGGGACUAGUGGGGGGGGGGGGCUCCGAAAUAUACACCUCAUAAAUGUGUGCAUCUCUUGGGGGGGGGACAACUGGGGCAUAUAGGAAUUUUCUUCUUCUUCUUCUUAAAGCUUUGCAUGUUAGAAUAAUAGAAUCACAGAAUGGUAGAGUUGGAAAGGACCCCAAAGGUCAUCCAGUCCAACCCCCUGCAAUGAAGGAAUCCCAGCUAAAGUAUCCAGGACAGAUGGCCAGUCCAACCUCUGCUUCAAAACCUCCCUGGAAAGAGAGUCCAUCACCUCUUGUGAGAGUCUGUUCCACUGCUGAACGGCUCUUACUGUCAUAAAGUUUUCCCGAAUGUUUAGUUGGAAUCUCCUUUCCUGUAACUUGAAGCCACUGGUUCGAGUCCUACCCUCCAGAGCAGGAGAAAACAAGCUUGCUUCCAUGUGACAGCCCUUGAGAUAUAGGAAAAUGGCUCUCCCAUCUCCUCUUUUCCAGGCUAAACAUCCCCAGCUCCUCAUCAGGCUUGGUUUCCAGACCCCUGAUCAUCUUUGCUGCCCUCCUCUGCACAUAUUCAGGCAUCUCAAUAUCCUUCUUAAAUUGUGGUGCCCAGAAUUGGACACAUUAUUCUGACAAAGGCAGAAUAGAGUGGCACUAUUCCUUCCCUUGACCUGGACACUAGACUUCUGUUGAUGCAGCCUAGAAUAGCAUUAGCCUUUUUUGCUGCUGCAUCACACUGUGGACUCAUGUUAAGCUGGUGGUCCACUUAGACUUCUGUUGAAAUACUUCUUUUAUUUAAAUGAUAUUUUAUUAAAUGUUCAAAAGUUUAACAUAUGCACUCCAAUAUGUAAUAAUUUUUCUUCAGUUUUGUCAACUUCCCACCCCAUUUCAGUUGUGUUUUUAUUUCUCCCCCUCUGCUGUGCCCUGUCUUCUAUCUCUUACACUAUAACAACAAUAAAAUAAUUUAUAAUUCCUUCCGUUGCUCGUAGUUCAAAUCCUGCUCAUGAGUUCAUCAUACUAUAGUAUUUCUUUAGGUAAUCGGAAAAGGCUUUGAUUGCAUGUUGAAAGCUUUCAAAAGUACUGGAUACUCCCUAAUGUUAUCGUUGGUUUGGAUUUUAGAAAGGAACAUAGCUCAGUGGGUAGAGCAGGAGACUCUUAAUCUCAGGGUUGUAGGUUUGAGCCCCACAUAGGGCAAAAGAUUCCUGCAUUGCAGGGGGUUGGACUAGAUGACCCUCAGGGUCCCUUCCAAAUCUAUGAUUCUACGAUCCCUCAUGCUGAGUCAGGCUAUCUAGCUCAGUAUCUGAUUAUUAGUUGCUCUCUGGGGUUGAGGAGAUGAUGGGGAUUGAACCUGGAACCUUCUGCUUUCAAAGCAGGUGUCCUAGUUCUGAGCUGCAGCCAUUCCCUGUGAGUUACUGUCUUUAGAUGCCAAGAGAGGAUCUAGUCCUCAUGGUUCAGCAUAAAGGGCUAGUUUAAACAGGAAUGUAGAGAGCUUCCUUACACUUACCAGUUAACCGUUGUGAGAACAGGAUACUGGACUAGAUUCCCCCACCCCUGACCUGAUCCAACGGCUGCAGGACCCAGUCUUAGGUUCUUAAGAAGUUCAGAAGAGCCUGCUGGAUCAGGCCAGCGACCCACCUGGUCCAGCAUCCUGCCAAUCAGACACCUGUGGGAAUCCUGCAAGCAGAAUCCGAGCUCCACAGCACUCAGCCGUCCUGUGCUUUGCAGUAAAAAUUCAGAAGGCAUUAUCAUUCCCAACUGCAAAGGUUGAGCAGAUCCUUCAUGGGGAGCAGCCAUCAAAAGCCAUUCCAGAAUGCGGCUGCCAGACUGGUAUCCUCACUUUUCACAGCUGUAGCCUGUAGGUGGUGCAUGCUCUGGUUAUCUCCCGCUUGGACUACUGCAAUGCGCUCUCCGUGGGGCUACCUUGGAAGGUGACUCAGAAACUGCAACUCAGAAUGAGGCAACUAGACUGGGGACUGGGACCAUAUAACUGGUCCUAAAGGAUCUUCCCUGGCUCCCAGUAUGUUUCCGAGCACAAUUCAAAGUGUUGGUGCUGACCUUUAAAGGCCUAAACGGCCUCAGGCCAGUAUACUUGAAGGAGUGUCUCCACCCCCAUUGUCCAUCCACUGAGGCUCCGAGGGCCUUCUGGCGGUUCCCUCCCUGCGAGAAGUGAGGUUACAAGGAACCAGGCAGAGGGCCUUCUCGGUAGUGGCACCUGCCCUGUGGAACGCCCUCCCAGCAGAUGUCAAGGAAAUAAACAACUACUGGUAUCUGACGUUUAGAAGACACCUGAAGGCAGGGAAUCUUUUUUGUAUGUUGGAAGCUGCUCAGAGUGGCUGGGGCAACCCAGUCAGAUGGACGGGGUACAAAUAAUAAAAUGAUUAUUGUUGUUGUUAUUCAUGAAUUAGCUCAAUUACCUUUUAAAGCUAUCCAAGCUGGUGGCUAUUGGUGCCUCCAGUGGCAGUGAGUUCCAUAGUUUAAACCAUGCAAAGGACUUCCUUUUCUCAUCAGAACCUUCAUUGGAUGGCCACGAGUUCUGGCAUUUUGAGAGAGGGAGAAAAUGUUACAAUGAUCAGACAACGGAGGGUGACUCUUAAUACCAGUUGCUAUGAAAGACAAAGGGUUCUUUUUAGUUCCUUAUGAUUCCUCCGUGGAGCCUCCAUGGAGAGAGGCAGUCUAACUUAGAAUGGGAAGAGGCUGCUGCUCUCACUGGUCUGCUGCUGUGAGGACAGGAGGCUGGACUUAGAUGGGCCCCCCGGGUCUCAUCCUGCACAGCUCUUCUGCUGUCUUUGGGAGUUGUAAUUCAGCCACCUAUGGAGCAAGCCAGAUGUUGGGGAAGAGGAAAACUGCUGCUGGCUGGAUUGGGGUUGGCUACUGCUGUGCCCUCUGGAUGUUCCUGGACCCCAGCUCCUGCCAGCCCCCACCAGCCAGCAUGCCCAGUGGUCAGGGAUGGCGACAACAGGCCCUUCCCAGACAGUGUGUAGUGGUUAGAGCAGGGUUUCCCAAACCUGGCUCUCCAGCUGUUUUUGGACUACAACUCCCAUCACCCCUAGCUAGCAGGACCUGUGGUCAGGGAUGAUGGGAAUUGUAGUCCAAAAACAGCCAGAGACCCAAGUUUGGGAAACUCUGGGUUAGGGUUUCAGACCAGGACCUGGGAGACCAGGGUUCAACCCCACAAUCAGCCGUGAAGUUCAUUGGGUGCCUCUGCGGGGAGCAGUCCUUGCCUCUUGGCCUAGCCUGCAUCUCAGGGGUGUCGUGAGGAUAAAAUGGGGGGGGGGACCGUGUAUACCGCCCUCCCCGGGGAUCCUUGGAGGAAGAAAGAGGGAAGCAACAACUGACAAGCUUGCAGUCAAGGGGAAACAUUUUGAAACAACCCUUUGUUUGGGGAUCUGGAAUGUUCUCCUGCAUGUUUCAAGGAUCUGGGUUGAAACAUUUUCUUCUUUUUAUUGUUAAAAACAGCGGAAGGAAAAGGGUGGGGAGAGAAAAGACUGUGUGCAAAUGCUUAAAAAAAGAAGUUAGGAAGCCCCAAGGCAGUAUGGGGUGAGGAGGAAGCAUCUGGCAGCCAUUGGCUAAGACUUCCGUGAUGUCACAGAAAGCGUGGGAUGAGCCCCUGGCUGCCAUUGUGCCUGCAGAGGAGUGGAGGUUGUCUAUGGGUUGCGGAAGAGUCUGGUGCAAGGGGAGGAGAUGGAGGCAAGUUGGUGUGCGUGCGUGCGUGCGGAAAACCAAAGUGUGCACAAGUUUUCACACUUAUUGUGAAGCAUAUACAAUAGUAUUGUGUCACCUACACCUUUGGCUUUACAAAAGGACCUGCAAAGAGGUAUAGGUGGGGAUGUGGACUUGUAACUUUUAAGUUUAUUCACCAAGCUGUGAAUAGAAACUUGCCUGCUGGGGGGGGGGGGACUUUAUUGCCUCACCAUAUUUGAGGAAGUCAGGAAAACAGCAUUACAUGGGACAAAUUUGCAUUAGGUGAAAUGAUUUGGCCAUUACCUGAAUGUCCAUUUCUGCAAAGCACAGAGGUAGUUUUAAGUCUUGGCUUUCAGCUGCCUGUGGUUGAGAUGGGACAUAAUAUUCAGUUUCUACCAGUGGUGAUUUUAAUCUCCAUGGGUGGAAUUCAACACUCCGCCUGCUCAGAGUAGGCACAGUGAAAUUAAGGAAUAUGCCUGUUAGGUCUGUUAAUUUCAAUAGCCCUACUCUGAGUAAAAGCCAGUUUUAAUCCCACCCCUUGUUUCCAGAUGUGCCCCUUUCUCACUUUUAAAAAUGGAAUCAAGUUUCUAGCUGUCAUUGCAGGGCUGAAUUUAAAGAACACCAGGUGAGGGCUUUGGGUUGAUGAGUUUGCUCAUCUCUGCUUGCCAAAAUUCCCUCUUCUUAGCGGUUUUGCUACAAUCAAGCAGUUAAGAAGAAUAAAAUAAAUUGGGGAGGACUGCGGAAUAGAGAUGUCUAAACUGAGUAACAAUCACACCCUUUGAAAACUCCCUUGAUGCAACUACUAAAGAUACAGCCACUCUGGCUUCUGUUGCCUCCAGUUUCUAAUCACCUUCCCCAAAUCUCACUGUGCUUGAGGACUAGAAAGUUGCCUCCCAUUUUUUAAAAAAACUGCCUCCAAAUUUUCCAAUAAAAAAUAGAGUUGUGAUUCUUUGCUUUUCUAUGCAGCCUGCGGAGAAAGAGAGAGAGAACCCUUCCAUCUUUAAGGCUGCAUCUGGGCUUUGUGUCACCAGGCUCAUCGGUUUUGGGGAAGGUCACCUCUGCAUGAUACAUGCAGUUGCGCUGAGAUGACCAACAGCGCUUCCAGACACUGCAACUUGGCUUCAGCUUCUCCUCUCCUCCAGGGAAGCCGGAUGGGAACAUAGCAAAGUGAAAUGGGCUCUCUCCCCAUCUCUCAGCAAACUGCUGCCUCUUUCUGAAAGCUGCUCUUUCUCUCACCCCACCCUCCCCGACUGCACAUCCGCUUUAGUUCAGGAUCAGAUCAGACUGUGGUAGUUUCAACCUCUCUGCGUAGGCUGCAGAGGAAACCACGAGGGGAGAGAAAUUGUCAGCAAAAGUCGUGGCUUCUCGCAGCCAUGACCUAUCUCUGUCUCAGCAAAUGGGUCUUUGAUCUGCUGUGGCUUCCCCUGGGAGGGAUCGUGGAUCAGUGGGGUUUAAAACACGGGUAGGCAAACUAAGGUCUGGGGGCCGGAUGUGGCCUAAUCGUCUUCUAAAUCAGUGUGGGAAUCAGCGUGUUUUUACAUGAGUAGAAUGUGUCCUUUUAUUUAAAAUGCAUCUCUGGGUUAUUUGUGGGGCAUAGGAAUUCGCUCAUUCCCCCCCCCCUCAAAAAUACAGUCCAGCCCCCCCCCUCAAGGUCUGAGGGACAGUGGACCGGCCCCCUGUUGAAAAAGUUUGCUGGCCCCUGGUUUAGAAGCUGAGGUUGUCUUAAGAAGGCCAGGCCAGGAAUGUCCCCUUCCCUGAAUGUCUGGAGAUUUGCUGCCGGUCAGUGUAGGUAAUACUGAGUGAGAUGGAGCAAUGCCCUGACUCAGUCUAAGGCAGCUUCCUAUGCCUAAAUUAGCUAUUUGAAAGGUCCAUGAGGACUAGAACCUUAGCAUGACUUUACAGGAAGGCCCAUACUGUUGGCAUUUGUCUGUCUCAAGAGACAACGCAGUGUGCCUCCAGGGUGAAGCCGAACCUCUGUGUGAGCAGCACCAAAGCAAUCUGCCCUGGGUGCAAGCCUGGGCUGUGUGUCUGGAGGUCCUGGGCUGCCCAGAUGACAAGACAACAUUUUCGGCUUCACUGAUGGGCUCCAAAGGAAAGCAGAGCAAGACAUUUGGCACCUGCGUGGGUGGAGGAGUUUCUGCAAGGACUGCCUUAGGGAUUCCACUCCAGAUUUGUGGAGGGAGGUGGAAUCCUGUGCCUUUUCUUCUCCCCAAGAUAAACCUCAGUGGAGGUUGAGGACCACAGUUUCCCUUCUCCUAGGUGAGCUCCUUUCCCAGGCGGAUGAGCUCCUGUGGGAUUCUAGACAACAGAGAAAUAUCCUUCCCAACUGUGAGCAGGGCGGGGGGGGGGGGAGUGAAGACAAGAGACAACAAUGAACCAUAACGCUCUUUGCUGCUCCUGCUCAGGCUGCACAGAAAAUGCAUUUUGGUUCCUGAAAUUCAUUCUGAUUGUGCAGAUAAAAUAAGAUUCUACAGGGUGAGGUAUCAGUGGGUGAAAUUAUUCCAGAUCCAAGGAUCCCCAGGCAAGCACCACCAGAUGGCGGAGAUGUCAGGCGCCAUCCUGGAGCCCAGGCAUCUUCACUUGGUCUCAAGUGGUUGAAACACUGGUUGAAAGAGACCACGAGGGUCAUCUAGUCCAACCCCCGCAAUGCAGGAAUACGUUUGCCCAACACAGAACUCGAACCCGCGACCCCGAGAUUAAGAGUCUCAUGCUCUACCAAUGCAGCUAUCUUAUGUUCUGGCAGUGAUCUGAUCUGUGGCAGGCAAUGGAAAAAGAACCUGAUCGGUGUGUCGUUGUGGCGGGCAAAGGUGUGAUAAGGACCAGGGAGUGUAAAGUUAAUCUGGGUUGCAUUUUACACCGCAGUGUUGUGUGUUACCAUCUGCCCUGCUCAGGCAGCCAGUCCUGUUAAAAUGUCUUCUGCUCCAGCCAGGCAGCAGAAAAUGCCUUCGUGCAUUCAUGUAUUUCACUUGACUCUUCCAGGGUGACCGUCCUUGUCUGUGGAGGAGGAGGGUAACAAUAUUUAAAACAGCUCUGUUUAAUUCAGCAAAGUACAAAGAAAUUAGGUUUAAAAGUAAUCAGGUUUCAAUAGCUUGUGAGAAUCAAGUGUCUGUGUGCUUUCCUUUUCCCUGACACCAAAAAAGACGUAAAUGUGUGUGUUUCUGCAUCUGUGGAGGGAAACCAUUUUUAAAGCAUAAAAGCAGCACUUUGGCCAAGAUUGUGGUGGAUUUGCAGAAAGAUGUGGUUAAUUACCUAAUCUAGAUUUGCUUAUCACGACUAACAUACAAGGGAGAUUGCUGUCUUGCAGCAGGUUAUGUAUUUUUAGCUUCCGCCUUCUCCAGCUGCCUCUUAAACUGAAUCAAAAAUUUAUUGUGUUAUAUAUAGAAUCAUAGAACUGUAGAGUUGAAAGGGACCCUGGGGGUCAUCUAGUCCAACUCCCUGCGAUGCAGAAAUAGGCAGCUGUCCCUUACGGGGAUCAAAUCUGCGACCUUGGCAUUAUCAGCUGUAACCAAACUGAGCUAGCCAGGCAUUGCUAUAUAUUUCUAUCAUUGCUAUGUUAGUCACUGUGCAUGUGUGUGUGUACAUGUAUUCCUCAUUAUUUUAAUGCAUUGAACACUGAAAAAUAAAUCACACUUCCCCCCUAUACAUUUUAAAAUUAAAUCAGCGUCUUCAGGUAAUCUUUGCUGCAACCCUGUGAGAUGGACGAGUAUGGUUUGUGCCCAUACUGCAGAUGGGGAAGACUGAGGCCCAACGUGGGCUUGCUUCCAGAUCUGGGGCUGCCUAGCAAGCUCACCUGCAGAGACAGGAACCCACCCCUUCCUAUUGUAUAGGGCUCCGUUGGUGUACCCAGGUGCUUUUUACGGAUUUCCAUAAUCCUGGUCUUUGGCCCAAGGAAAAAGCAGUCUAGAGAGUGAGGAGAACAGGGGAGUGAAAUGCAGCUGCCCAUCCAGCUGUGGUGGAAGAGAUCCCAAGGAUCAUCUAGUCCAACUCCCUGCAAUUCAGGAAAAUAAAGGGGAACAAGGUGUCAUUUAAGGAGGCAAGGCCUGUGGGAGUUUGUGUUGAGGUCGGGAGAUGUUUAGGGGGUGAAGUGAAAUGAAGGGGGUGUCAGGAAAUCUGGGCUCAUAUGAGGCCUUUUAGAAGAAAAAACCUUGGGUUGGGCUGGGGCUUCCCUGCCUCGCAGGGUUGUUGUGGAACUAAAACAGGAACAUGUGGCGGGGGGGGUGUCAUCCUUGAGCCCCCAGGGGAGGAAAGGUAAGACACAGAAAUGCACUCGCAGUUGCUACUGAUUAUAAAAGGGUGACGUUUCUAGACCUCAAGAACUUAGGUGGCACCAGAACAGAAGCUCAAAGAGAGGGGUGGGAGACCUCUGAAAAUUGAGGGUGGAGGAGAGAGAGAAAAACAUAAUUUGACACAGGCAGAGGGCUGUUUCCUCAGACGUGUUUCAUAUAUUCCGAUCCUUAAUUGCAAAAAGUAACCUCCCAAGACUGGGCUUUCUCCUGCCCCCGGGGAGACAGCUGCACUGCAGCCUCGGGCAUCAAUAAUUCCUCCUCCUCCUGCUCCUCGCUCUCAUUUUUUAAAAUAAGUAUAGGGUAGGAUACAUGAAUGACAGCAGUCUGGUCCCCUGGCUGCCAUCCAGCUGCUGUUGCCAGGGCAACCAGCACAGGAAGACCUCUGUUGCUAGGGGCAACCGGGGACCGCACUUGGAAGAGGAUGCCUUUGAUGGUGGUGUCUGUCUCUUGCGUAAGAAGGCAGGCUUUGCAGGCGGAGGUCAGGCAGAGAACUUGCUCUGGGAGGGUUCACCACCACAGCCCCACUUACUGACAUUGGACUGCCUUCUGGCUCACCUACAUCCAAAAUGAGCCAAAGCAUGUGGUUUUUCUUUUUUUAAAGGGCCUGGCUGGACAUCUAGCGUUUGGAGAGAAAGAUAAGGGGGGGGGGAGAGAAUAACGUCAAAUAAUUUCUCUCUCGCACAAUUUGAUGGAAUAAGUCCUGCCUUCCCCCAAAGCAAAACUUGCUUAACAUUAGGGCAAAAUGUGUUUAACUGGGUUGCAUCCAGUGAUAGUCCUACUCAGAGCAGGCCCAUUGAAAUUAAAGGGUGUGUCGGCAGCAAGGGUAUUAUUGGCACAAAAAUGGAAGCAAGAAGAAUUACCGACGAAAGAAGAAUGGCGGAUGAAAUUGAUGGACUAUGCAGAAUUAGAUAAAUUAACAGGAAGGAUUCGAAACCUGCGGAACCACAGAUUCUUAGAAGACUGGAGUAAAUAUACGAACUAUUUGAAAAGUAAUAGUAAUGAACAGAUUAGUCUAGUAGGACUGCAAGAAGUUCUGGAAGGAGGACUAUUUGAAAUAUUGCAAGAAAGGCUAUGAGGAGAACUAUUAGUUAAUGAUAAUUAAGAGUAAUAGAGAAAUUAAGAAAUACAGAAUAAGUGAUAAAGAAUGGAGAAUCAUUAGAGGUAUUGACAGAAGUCUAAAAUAUUGUAUAAGAUAAGAAGUUAUGUUAGAUGAUUGUCAGAAAUGAUAUAUUAAAAAAACUAAUAAAAAUGUGUGUGUGUGUGUGUGUGUGUGUGUGUGUGUGUGUGUAUAUAUAUAUAUAUAUAUAUAUAUAUAUAUAUAUAUGAAAUUAAAGGGUGUGUUGAACUUGGAUCCAGUCAUUUCAAUGGGUUGUUCUCUAAGUGGAAUUUCAUAGAAUCAUAGAAUGGUAGAGUUGGAAGGGACCCCCCAGGGUCAUCUAGUCCAACCCCCUGCAAUGCAGGAAUCCCAGCUAAAGCAUCCCUGACAGAUGGACACCCAACCUCUGCUGGAAAACCUCCAAGGAAGGAGAGACCACCACCUUCUGAGGAGACCAUAACCUCGCAGGAAGCCCCAUUGAUUCAUUUGGGGCCUUUGCAUCUGAGGAUCCUGUGUAAAACUUGCCACUUCUAACUGGAUGGAUACAAUGGAGAGUCUUGUGGCCCCUUGAAAGACUUACCAGACUGAUGAUGAGGAGUCCAUCAACAUUGGGGCUUUGGCUAGAUGUUUUUUUGGGAUCCCUUCCAACCCUGCAAUUCUAUUAUUCUUUUUGGAAGGCUCCACAGUCUGGAGAAGGAAGCCAAUCAUUUACAACAAAAUAGUAUAAUAAAAAAGGGAGAGGGUUUUUUGUUUAUUAUUACUAGCCAGACUUUUGUGUAUGAAAAAUAGCGGGAGGGGUGGGUUGUCUUUGUGGAUUACUGAUUUGAAGUCCAUACCACGAUACUGGUUUCAUAAUUUUUGACCUGGCAAUAUAUCAUGAAUCAAGAUGUGUGUGUGUGCUAUGCAAAAAUCACGAUGCAGGCUCCAUGCUUAUUUCAGACAUUGUGAUAUAUUAAUAUAUCGUGAAGUUUAGCUGGUGAUAUAUUGCGAUAUUGAAAACCAGAUAUCGCCCAGCUUUAGUCCUGACUCUUCUGGCUUCAUUGGGUGCCUGCGAGCGCAUCGCCUGCUUCUUCUGCGCUUCCUGGGCGUCUUUGCAGAGCAGGAACCCCACCAGGGGCUCGUGCAACACAAGGGAGCCAGAAAAGCAGAGGGAAAUUCGAGGAGGUGGAAACUGGAAAGAAAAAAAAACCUGACCGUGAAACAGAGGCCACAACCUCAGCAGCUUUUGAGACGGGCUCCCUGCUUGGGAAUGCUAUAUUAAGACCUCAGCUGCUGGGGUGAUCAGUUCACAGCCGGAGCAGAACAAGCCCUGCUGUGGCAAAAUCAGGGAUAGGAGGAACAGCUUACGUGCCCCCCCCCGCCGCCCGAAAAAUAAAUCAAACUGACCUGUGGCUCUCCAAAUGUUGCUGGACUACAGUUUGCCCUGUCCAUUGGGCAUGCUGGCUGCGUUUGGAGCCUCAGCAAUGUUUGGCGGGAUUUUGGUUCCCCUGUCUCUGAUCUGAGAAGAGGCCUUCCCCUUAUCUCUGGAGGGAAUCUCUUAUCUCUUUGAAAGAGGGGCCUGCCUCCUUCCAUAGCCUCCAACAUUAAUUUUCUCCAAUGAAAAUAGGGACGUCCUGGGGAAAAGCAGAACAUUCUGGGAUCAAAUCAGAGACUGGGACGCCUUCUGUAAAUUGCGGGUUCCCAGGGCCAGAUUUAGGUUUGAUGAGGCCCUAAGCUACGGAAGGUAAUGGGGCCCGUUAUAUGUCCAGCUGUCCUUUGUCAACAACAAAUUGUUGCUUUUUUGUGUUGAAUAUAUGCUGUAUGGUAAUUUAUGGACCUAAUAGGUUCCUAACGAGUGAUAUUUUAGGGAGCAGACUGGCCCAUGACUUACAUCAUAGGAGCCUACACAACACAAAACACUGUUGCUGUAUGUAGGUUUUAUUUGUUUUUUAUCUUAUACUGUAUUGUGGAAAUGUACAUCCAGGUUUUUUCCUUUAAAAUUUUUGGGGGCCCCCAAGAGAGUGGGGCCCUAAGCUAGAGCUUGUUUAGCUUAUACAUAAAUCCAGCACUGCAGGUUCCCCAUCAUCUCUCUAGUGAUAUCUGGCAUCUCUCUAGUGAUAUCUGCUAGCAGCUAGAGGGACGCAGGUGGCGCUGUGGUCUAAACUACUGAGCCCCUUAAGGUUGGCAGUUCAAAUCCGUACAAUGGGGUGAGCUCCCAUUGCUCUGUCCCAGCUUCUGCCAACAUAGCAGUUUGAAAGCACGUCAAAGUACAAGUAGAUAAAUAGGUACCGCUGAGGCGGGAAGGUAAACAGCAUUUCCGUGCACUCUGGUUUCCGUCACGGUGUCCCGUUGUGCCAGAAGUGGUUUAGUCCUGCUGGGCACAUGACCCGGAAAGCUGCAGACGAACACCGACUCCUUCAGUCUAAAUGUGGAGAUGAGCGCCGCACCCCAUAGUUGAAUUUGACUGGACUUAACUGCCUGGGGUCCUUUACCUUUACCGAUACCUGGAGCGAUAAGAGUGCCUCAUCCCUGAUGCAAAAAGAGGCAUUUCCAUCUCUCAGGAGGAAAGGCCUUUUCUAAACAGACUCAUUCCUCCACCUCUUAGUUUCAGUAGGGAAUGGGAAGGUUUUCAGCUGAGGUUGGGUGGCCAUCCCUUGUGGAUGCAUUUGUUGAGAUUCUUGCAUUGCAGAAGGGUCGGCUGCAGCCCUGGACGCAGAAUGGACCUGCGCCUCCGUGGACAGCUGUGAGUCCAAAAUGACCCCCAGGCUGCGCACCUGAUCCUUCAGGCGCAGUUACCCCAUUCAGGACCAGGGAGUCGCCCCCCCCCCGUCCCCUAGAAGCAGCCCUUUUGUCUUGUCAGGAUUCCACCUGACUCCAUUAAGGGCCUGUCCUUUCUUCUCUCUGCCAGCCCUUUGCUGCGUGGUGCCAGCUGCCCCCCAAGGAUGCUGCCAAGAUGCCCGAGAGUGCCUGGAAGCUGGCUUUCUACACCCUCUCCUGGUCGUACGGCGCCUACCUGCUCUUCUUCGCUGGAUACCCCUUUUUCCAUGACCCUCCUUCCGUCUUUUAUGGUACGGUAAGCAGCGCAGGUCGAGUCAAGAUUAGGGCAGAGGCUUCCCUCUUGCAAAGCCUUUUCCCAGGGUAACUCGGGCCUGUGAACCUCUCUGUCCAACCCUUGAGACUCUUGCCAGGCCACCCCCUCACCUCACCCCCCCCGGGUGUUUUCGCCAGACUGGACGUAGAAUCAUAGUAUUGGAGAGUUGGAAGGGACCCCCGAGGAUCAUCUAGUCCAGCUCCCUGCAAUGCAGGAAUAUGCAGCUGUCCUCUGUGGAGAUUAGGGCUGCCACCUUUGUCCUGGCAAAAUACAGGACAGGGCGGGGUGCUUGGGGGGCGAUAUUGUUUUUAUCUGGUGCUGAAGUGACUUCAGAGCAAUCCAUUACAAUCUAUUGCAUACCCGCCAACAUUAAUUUUCUCCAAUGAAAAUUGGAACAUCCUAUUGUCCAGACCCUCCAACAUUUUCCCGAUGAAAAUGGGGACGUCCUGAGGAAAAGUGGGACAUUUCGGGAUCAAAUCAGAAACUGGUGCGGCUUCUGUAAAUCUGGGACUGUCCCUGGAAAAUAGGGGCACGGGGAGGGUCUGCUAUCGCAGCCUAACACAAUGGCCCCUCCAGAAUUUGACACACACAUUUGUGAAUCUGUCUGUGCUUGGCUACCUAGAGCUUAAAAACGUGACCUUUCAAAGAUGCAUUUGGAGAGAACCCCUAAUUUGGCAGAGAGAGAGAGAAGGCCUGGAAUACAGGGCAAAACUGUAUCAAUACAGGACAUAGCCUUUUAUAUUGAAAUACGUGGCAAUCCUGUAUUGUAUAGGACAGCUGCCAGUUGAACCUGCAUGUCUCCUUCAACUCCAGUGAUGCCCCUCUGCUUCCCUGGGUGGAGGAUGGAUGUUGCUGAGUCUCUCGCUCCGUGUGGGAAGAAACUUGGCAAAAUUUACAUUUGUUGCCCCGCCUGCUUUUGGCAGCAGGAACUGUGCCACUAAGCUAUCACCCCUCCCCUAAAAUUAAGACAGGGUGCUAGUCCUCAAGGUUAUGAAUGAAGAGCUGGUGUCAUGGGAAGAAAGGAAUCUGCCUCACAGCUGCUCUUCCUUCCUUCAGCCCAAGACUGUCUACACUGGCUGGCAGCAGCAGCUUCUCUGGGGUUUCCUUCCCCUACACAGAGAUACCAUUGAGGCUUAAACCAGGAACCUUCUGCACACAAAGCUCUGGUCCUUGAAAGAAAAUAAAAGAGGGCCUCUUUUUUUUUUGCUAAAUCAUUUUUAUUGAUUUUCCAAAUUUUAACAAAUCAAAGCAAAUUUAAUACAAUUUUUCCAAAAACUGGCCUUCCACAUUCCGUCCUCAAUGUGCCCGUAAUUUCUUUUUGUUGCUGCAUUAUUUUCCUAGUUAUUUCUGAGUCACCUUCCAUUCUCUAUAAUUAAUCUUAUAUUACAAUUUUUUUUGUUGCUUUUAACUUUUUGUCCUGAACCAUCAGCUGUCCACUUGCCAAUUUCUGCACGUACAAUAUUUUAACAUUUCCAAUAUCUACAAGGGAGGCUGUUCAUCAAAUUGUCAAUCCACAAUAGUUCAAAAAUUAUUAUUUCUAAAAUAAACUUCCCUUCCUUCUGCGUGGAUGAAAACCUAAUAGUUCACUUUCACUAGAUGUUUUCCCUUCUUAACUGCGCAUUGAGCUUUUUUUCCUUUGCCUUUUGCAAAAUAGAUAAGACGGGUGCCUGCAUUUCUGCAGCUGCAAAAUCACAGGUGUCUCUGGGGAUAGGAUGGGACUCAAAAGUGAAUUAAUCUAAAUUCAUUUUUUUGCAGCAAUGCCCCCUUGUGGUCACAGCCCGGAAUGUCCAUUCAGGACGCCCACUAGCUAGCACGCUUUGUUCUUUCCUUGCUGGUAUGACUGCAGGAUUCUGGGGCAUCCGGGGUUCCUGAUGGGGGUGAGAGUGGAUCUGGGGUGUGUGGCAACUCUGUCCCUUGAAUUGCUUUGGCUCCCAGGAGGCUGACCAAGGGGAAGGCUCUCUUCUGCCUUGGUCGGACACCACCUGGAGUCCUGUGUCCAGCUCUGGGCACCGCAAUUUAAGAAGGAUGUUGACAAGACGGAAUAUGUGCAGAGGAGGGUGAAGGAGAUGUUCAGGGGUCUGGAAACCAAGCCUGAUGAGGAAUGGUUGAAGCAACUGGGUAUGUUUAGCCUGGGAAAGAGGAGACGGAGAGGAGACAGGAGAGCCAUCUUCCAAUAGCUCAAGGGCUGCCACAUGGAAGAUGGAGCAAGCUUGUUUUCUCCUGCUCUGGAGGGUAGGACUUGAACCCAGGGCUUCAAGUUACAAGAAAGGAGAUUCUGACAGCAAAAACAGGAAAAACUUUCUGACAGUAAGAGCUAUUCAAGAGUGGAAUGAUCUCCCUCAGGAGACUGUGGCCUCUCCUUCCUUGGAGGUUUUUAAGCAGAGGUUGGAUGGCCAUCUGUCAAGGAUGCUUUAGCCGAGUUUCCUGCAUUGCAGGGGGUUGGACUGGAUGACCCUUGGGGUCCCUCCCAACUCUGCAGUUCUUUGAUUGUAUUAUUCUUGCCCCCUGGCCCUGCUUGCAAGCUUCCUACAGCCGUUGGCUCAGUUGGUAGGGGGCUGUAGAUGGAAAGCCAGAGUGUGAGAUCAAAUUCUCCAUGGCAGCUAGAAUAAUAAUUGCUUCCUGCACUGUGGGGGGUUGGGGGGUUGGGCUAGAUGACCCUUGGGGGUCCCUUCUAUGAUUCACUGACCUUGUUUUCUGCCUUCUCCUUUGUGGCUUUCCAGGCUGGAAGAGGGGCAUGGAGGUCCCGCCAGACAUUGCCAUGGCCUAUUUGAUGCAAGGCAGCUUCUACGGCCACUCCAUCUACGCCACAUUCUACAUGGACGCCUGGCGCAGGGACUCGAUCGUCAUGCUCGUCCACCACGUGGUGGCCCUCAUGCUCAUCACCUUCUCUUACAUGUUCAGGUGCGUCCCCAUCCGCACAUGCUCCCUCCCUCCUUGUUUCCUGCCUGGCUACACCUCUGCAUGCACAAAGUCCUGGGUUCCAAACCAGACUAAGGUCCCUCUAGUUCAGCAUUGCCUGCACUGAUUGGCAGCAGCUCUCCAGGGUUUCAGACUUGGGGGUCGCACCCAGCCCUACCUGGAGAUGCCGUUGGAGAUUGAACCUUGGGUCCUCUGUGCUUAGAGCAUGUUUAAGGCCACCAAACUCUGGUCCUUCCCCGCAGGAUAAAGUAAGAUUCUAGUCCUCAGUGUUUGAAAUUAGCCAGGCUCCAAGCACAUUUUGCACCUGGCUUCUGACCCCUUGCGACCAAGUGAAGAUGCCUGGGGGCCAGGAUGUGGAGGUGCAUGCCUGGAGAUCCUCGGAUCUGGGCUGUUUUCACACACUAAUACCCCUUUCUGUAUAAUUCUAUCCAUUAUAUUUUUUUCUGCACUAUCAGAAAGAAUCUCAGGAACCAAAACGCUUUCUUUGUGCAGCCUGAGCAGGAGCAGUCGGCAUAAAGAAAAAGAGGUCUGAAUGGGCCAAUAUAUAUGUGGACCAUCCCUGGAUCAAGGGACUUUUCCUCUUUAAGUUCUCAAAGCUCUUAUCUUAGCUCAAGGUUGUCCUCUGAACUAGGCGGAUGUUCAACUGGGAAUCAUUUGCAGUCAGUCCAUCAUUUGGAAAAUAAGACUUGCCCCACAAUGUCCACUAGACAUUCCAUUUUGGCGACUGUAACCUUGGUUUAAGGAGCCAUUUGGUCCCUGGCUUAUACACCUGAGUUUCCCCCACUGGUCCUCAUCGUCUGAAAUAGGAGCAUAGGGUGCCGCAUUGCACUAGUACAGACUACUUAUAGGAAUACAAAGCCUAGUAGAGGCUCUGUGGGGUCUUGGGCAGAGAUGGGCCUUUCCCACCAGCUUGUUGGCACCCAUCCAUCUCGAGAGACAACGGAGUGCACCUCUGGUGGUGAAGUGAAACCGCUGGAGAAUCACAGUGCACACUGUGGCUGAAGAUACCCGUCCCUCUUCGUAACUGCUGAGGUGCUGCUGCAAAGUGACUGGGCAGCGUGUCUGGAGGUCCUGGUCUGCCCAGACAACAAGACCCCCCUCUUGGCCUCACUGACGGCGGGGGGGGGGGUCUUUAAAGAUUUUCAGAGACUUUGAGACUAAAGAUUUCAUUUUGAACUUGCUAUGGUUUGAAGGAAUUCUAUAAAUUGUGUUGCCUAGACAUUGUUGAGGUCCCGAGGGAAGCAGAGCAAGGCUCUUGGCACCAGCUUCUUCCAUGUUCCAAAUUCAAAAGUAGAUUACUCACCAGAAAAAGGUGAGGUUCAUUCUAGACACCACCGGCUACUUGGAGAGUCUCCAGGUGAUUAUUUGGAAAUCAGCUGGUGCCAGCUUCAGUGUUGACUGGAGGUGUAAUAUUUCAUCCGCAAAGCACUGUGGAGAUUUUAGGAGGCCAUGCACAAGUGACUGAGGAUGCUGCCGCACCACAUAAUCUAUGGCAGGACGUUCAGUGCCCUGGUUGCAGGGGUGGGACUAGAUGACCCUUGGUUACCUUUCAACUCUAUGAUUCUUGUUUUGGGCAGCACUGUGGCUUUUGCAGACAUCUCGGGCAGAAAUUCUCCGUGCAGUAUAUGCACUUAAACUCUACAUGCCGUUAAUCGAACCCAGGUGUGCGUCAAGGGUUGUGCUGUGGCUCACCUGUGCUUGUAUCCUCUCCUCCUGGCAACGUUGCCUUCAGGUACCACAAUGUGGGAAUCCUCGUCCUCUUCCUUCACGACAUCAGCGACGUUCAGCUGGAGUUCACAAAGCUCAACGUCUACUUCAAAUAUCGGGGCGGGGUCUACCAUCGUCUGAACGAUUUGAUCUCGAACGCCGGUUGCGUCUCCUUCAGCGUAAGCUGGUGAGUUUGGCUGCCCUCAAACUCUGUACAUGUGCAGCCCAUUCCAAGGGAGGGCGGUUCUGCAGACUCCACCCCCCUCAAAAAGAAAACCCAGCAGGAAGGCAUGUUACAAAUUAUUGUUUGGUUGCGGCUAAAAUAUAUCGCUGUGGUGCUGCAAUCCCAGUAUUUUGCUGUUCAGAUAGACUGCUCUUGUGCGAAAAGUUUUCCAAAAUUGUAAAUUGCUUUGAGGUUAUUAUUAUUUUUUACAAUCAAACCAUAUAUAGAUUUUAUUAAGUGAACACACAACAAGAUUCUAGUCCUCCUAGACCAGUUCCCUUGUCCCCGCAGGUUCUGGUUCCGCUUGUACUGGUUCCCUCUCAAAGUGCUCUACGCCACCUGCCACACCAGCCUCCAGACUGUCCCGGACAUCCCCUUCUACUUCUUUUUCAAUGCUUUGCUCUUUGUCCUGACUCUGAUGAACAUCUACUGGUUUCUGGUGAGUAGCGAGCCUCACCCUCGCCUUGCCCUGCAGAAGUUGGGAACCUCCAUCUGACAGGCCUCACGAGCCUCAGUUCUGUAGGAAAGGAUUUAGAUACUAGGAGAGGAUAUAUUGUUUAGUUAUUACCUUUCCUUGCUCACGUGAAUGAAGUCAGCAGAGGACUGUCCUUUGCAGGAUAAACUUGGAAGCUAAGGCAAGGUUGAUUUAACCUUCUAGAAACAAUAGUCCACGAUGAUUUGUUCGUCUUCCCCAUCUAGCAACAAAUGAAGAUUGGCUUUUGAAAAUGAUGGAGUUCGUGCAACUGGCAAAAUUAACAGCAAAGCAAAGAUUAGAGAUCAAAAUGAUGAAAAAUGCCUUGAGAACUGAAAUUUUUUGGGAGGGAUUUAAAGAACUACUAUAGUGAGAUGACCAGGACUUGAAAUAUGAGUGACAGCACAAAUUAUUAAGAUAAAUAUGUAAAAUUAUGUGUAUUGAAUAGUAUAGGCAAAAUAUGCAGCAUUUCAGGGUAAAUAUGAAAACCAUGGACAUGGAAGUCAACAGAUAAAGUAAUUUAUGGAUUAUAUUAAAAUAUGUAAAGAUUUCUUUUAUGUGAAAAAUUAAUAAAUAAGAUUUUUUAAAAAAUAAUCCAGGAUGCUUUAAGGCAGACUGGAUUUUGCCUGGUAUUGACGUUUUUCUCCCCCUUAGAAAUAACACCCACAUACAUUGCUUUGUGAAAAAGUAAAAGUUGGCUUUACUUACAUAGUAAAUGUGGGGUGCUCUCCCCAGAGGUUCACCUGGAGCCAUCAUUACAUGUCUUUAGGUGCCAGGCAAAAACAUUCCUCUUUACCCAGGCCAAGGCUAUUCAAUAAUCUAUUGCCUGAGAAAGUGUGGGGGAAGAGGACUGUUAUCAUAAUGGCUAUUUUAUUAUGUUUUUAUCAUGGGAGUGAAGGCCAUCUUAGGCCCACGUCACCCCGGCUGGGAUGAACCAGGUUCUCAGGAAAGUGGGGGGCUGGGUAAUGUAGUGCAAAGCAUCGUGGGGAGCGGGGAAUGGGGUUCUUAAUUUCAGGGUCAUGAGUUCGAGCCCCAUGUUGGGCAAAAGAUUCCUGGAUUGCAAGGGGUUGGGCUAGAUGACCCUUGGGGUUCCCUUCCAACUCUACAUUUCUAUGAUUGCCCCCUCUCCCUUCCUCUUUGCAGUACAUCAUCCUCUUCGUAGUGAAGGUCUUGCUGGGGCAAGUUCGGGAAGUGAACGACGUCCGGGAAUAUGAUGUUGACGCAGCCUGCAAGAAGAGAGACCGGGAGUUUCACACCCCCAGCUGCUGGAAGGAAGGGUUAGUGUGCCAGGGAGGGAGGGAGGAAGAAAAUCAAAUUCGCACCAACAUUCAUUUCGCCUGGCUUCCCUGCUUCCGUCAGUGGACAGCCACGCUCUUCUGGAAACCCUGCGAGUGGAGUGCAAGAGCACCCGCCCUCUCCCAGAUGUUUAGCUGCCCUCCCUGCAACACCCCCCCCCCCAGCAUUCAGGGAUAGUUUGCACCUGAAUGUGGAGUUCCUUUGAUACAACUAUCCUCCACAAGAAUCGUCUUGUUGGAUGAAACCCUUCGCCGUGGGCAUCAUUCUGUUAGUUUGAAGCCCAGAAGUGGAGCAUGUAAGCCACUCUGAGGUAGACUGUGUCUGGACGUGGCUGUUCCAUUCAGCUCUUUGGCAUUGAAAGGAGUGGGGGGUUUUUCCCAGGGGGAGGCAGGGCCAAGCCAGGGGAGCGAGGCGACCCACUAUUAAGGGUUUGACAAAUGCCUAUUUUGUAUCUGAAUUUUAGUUUCAACUAUUCCCAGUCGGGUUUUUGGAGCGUAAGCCUCGCAAAGUGGUUUGUAAUUUUAGCACGCUGAGUAAAUUGCAGCCACAGGAUUAUAAAGCUCAUUGUUGUGACAUGAAUUUAAAACACACAAAAGCUGUACUAAAGCCUCUGGAAGGUUGCUAUACAGAAGCAUAGGUGUGUGUCCUUACAUUAGUCUUACUCAGAGUAGUCCUAUUGAAAUGAACGGGCAGAAAAGGGCCCUUUCCCUCAAAGGGGUGGAUUGGCUCCCCUAUGAGGCAAGGUUGCAGCGUUUAGGGCUUUUCUAUUCGAGAAAAGGUGAAUAAGAGGCAGCUUGAUAUUAAAAAAUGAUGCAUGGCAUAGAGAAAGUUUAUAGGCGAGAGGAAGAAAGACCUUUUUUCCUAACGCUACAGCUUGGGAGUAACUAAUGAAGCUGAAGGCUGGGAGAUUCAGCACCUAGUUAAACUAUGGAACUCCUUGCCACGGGAGGCAGCAUGACCACCAACCUGGCUGGCUUCAAAAGAGCAUUGGAUGAACUCACAGAGGAAUGGCCACUAGCCAAUAGGGUGAUGCUCAGAGGGAGAAAUCUUUCUGCAUCCCAGAUGCAGGAAGGGAGAGGGCUCUGGGGUUCCAAUCCUGCUUGCCCAUUUCCCACAACAGGCGCCUGGCUGGCUGCAGUGAGAAGAGGAUGCUGGACCAGAGGGGCCCCCUGGGGCCUGAUCCGGCAGGCUAGUCUUCCCUUCUUUCGACAGGGCUGACUUAGGCCCAUUAAUUCCAGGGGGUUCAGCUCUCUUGCUCUCUCUUCCACAGGAAACAUUUGAAGAACGGACUCGUGAAAGACAAGCGGUUGUAGACGGCGCCCGCUGGAUCUCUGCUGGCAAGGACCCCAGCUUGUUUGGCAACCCAGAGAAGAGCCCGCCCCCCACCCCUCCGUCUUGAUACCUAGAGCUGUGGGGUGGGGAGGGGGAAGCGUCUGCAGGAAACUCACUGGUGGUUGCAUUGUUCUUUAAAAAAGCUCUUGCAUUUGGCCAGAGUUGGCGCUGGCGGUGAGGACUCCCACGGAGUGGAUUGAAAGGGGGCCUUUUUCACAGACCUGGGGUGGAUGCGGCAUGCCCAGCGGAGAGACCCACCAAGGGAGCGGCAAAAGUCCCCCCUCCGCCAACGCCCCCUUGUAAAGACCAGCUCUGCCCUGCGCAGCCUUCUUUGGGGUGGCCCCUGAGAGGAUGCAACAGCUUUCCCCACCCUCCUCGUUCUCCAGAGCCCUGACUGGUUAAGCGAAGCAAGUGGCCGAUCAGAUUGAGGGGGCGGGGAAUCACACAUGUGAAUGGAUUGACAGGAGGGGUGGUGGUGUUCACCUGGGGACGGCUAUCCCACAAUGCUCUGCGGCACUUUAUUCCUCGCCUUGCAAGCGCGCACACCCCGCCUUUUUAAAAUAUAUAUUUUACUGGCUAUCGUCAGCAGAAGGGGGAAAGGGUUUUGGACCUGUCUCAGGGCGGGUGUGCUUUUUUCCUGUUGUGUGCAAAGGAAGUAUCCAAAACUACUGUAAUUUUCCAAAUUAGUUUCUGAAAACAGACUUUUAAAACAUUCUGUUUGUAAGGGCAGAGGACGGGUGGGGGGAGAUGAUGGUGAAAUCGGCUGCCUGUUUUUAUAUCUAAAAUGUUUGUGAUAAAAAACAGGGCGCCAGGAAUGUGGGGAGACAGAGGGGCAGGGGCUGUGUCUGCCUGAGGGGGCUGCGUGGAGCCUCUGCCUUCAGAGUCUGUCUGUCUGCAAGGACUGUACCAUAGCGCCCCACAAGGAAAAAGGAGUCUCUGUGAGCUGGGUGCUGCACCCAAUGGGCAGAGGCAGCUGGGGAGCUUCCUUUCCUGCCAGGGCAUGUGGGUGCCAUUCAGACAGCCCAAAACUAUUGGCGUCUGUCUUUCUAUCCAGAUGGAUGGAGGUGACUCCCGUUUUGCAUUCUCUCUCCUGCGAGGGAAUACCUUGAAGCAGCACCAGCAUGGACCUCCGAUGAAGUUUGGGUAUAUAGAAUGCAAGCUCUGGUGGCAGAUUUAUUAUCUUCACCCUAUCCAGCCUCCAAGGAUCUCACGGCACCACAAGUGUUGCAGGUGAGCAGAGGUUCAAACGUGGUUCUGCCAGUCCCAGCGCCCUAAUACAGCACCAGUUGAUGUUUGUGGCUCACUUGGGCUCCCCAGAGCUGGCUUUGGGGCAGCGCCAUCCAUGUCACGCUAUUAACCCCCCCCCAACCCUUAACCCCAGGGAAAAGCAGAGGAAGGUGGUAAGAAUCCUUUGGGGGCGGAAAGCCCGAGUGGCAAAUGCACGGCUGGCAGGGGACGGAAUCACAGAGCUGGGACCGCAAUGGCCAUCUAGUCCAACCCCCUGCAAUGCAGGAACCUAAGAUUAAGAGUCCUCUGCUCUGCCAACACCUGCCCCAGAGUCGGAAACAGUUGCCCAUCUCCAAGAGAUCUCCCAGGAAAGGGUUGAGCUUAGAGCAGCUGCCUCACAUGUGGAGGGUCCCCGGUUCAGCAUCUCCGUGAAAGGACACCCCGGGUCUGGAAGCCUGGAGAGCUGCUGCCAAUUUGUGUAGGCAUUACUGAACUCCGCUGACCCAUUGAUGCAACAGAAGGCAGCUUAUUGGCUUCCUAUUUCAACCAGCUGUAUAUUCCAUGAGGACCAGAAUGACCUUAAACUGAAUGACCACAGCUCAGCGGUAGAUCGUUUGCUUUGCAUUCAGUAAGGCCGGGGGUUCAGUCCCCGGCGUCGCCAGUUUGGGUUAGGAGAAACCCCCAGGCCUGGAACCUGGGACAGCUGCACACAGUCUUGAUCUCAUUUUAUCCAAUGGUCUGACGCUGUAUAGGGCAGCUCCUGGUGCUCCUUGUAUUCUGCUCACCCUGAGUUAGCAACAGUAGAUGUGGAGGCAAAUAAUUGCUUGCUAAGGUGGAAGAAGACGCAGGAGGGAGAGGAAUUUGUAAUGCAGAAGGGGACAUUUGUACCUGAAAGCACCCCUGGAUCCAGAAGUUGCGUUUUCAGGGUGUUCACACACUACAGUGGUACUUCGGGUUACAUACGCUGCAGGUUACAUACGCUUCAGGUUACAGACUCUGCUAACCCAGAAAUAGUAGCUCAGGUUCAGAACUUUGCUUCAGGAUGAGAACAGAAAUCGUGCUCCGGCGGCACGGCAGCAGCGGGAGGCCCCAUUAGCUAAAGUGGUGCUUCAGGUUAAGAACAGUUUCAGGUUGAGAACAGACCUCUGGAACGAAUUAAGUACUUAACCCGAGGUACCACUGUAUAUCCCACAAGUGUACAAUCUUUGAACUUCUGUCUGUGGACACGUGUACAUUUAUCCACAUGUAUUGUUCAACAGAAAUGCAGUCCGGUCGAUUUAAACAAACCAACAAGCGUACACACUUCCAACACAAGUCGGGACGCUGGAGUCUGUGUGAACGAGCCCUUCUUUUGAUAAUUAAAACAUCUGGGAAGCCAUUGCAUCCAUUUGCCCUCUCAGCCCCCUUCUGCUUAGUGUUGCAGGAUGAGGCCAUAGUCACAGCAGCCUGCAUAUGUGUGCCAGGUUUAAAAAAUCUGCCUCUCCCUUUCCCCUCCAUGGAAAAAUUGAAAGCACCAAGAACUGUAGAAUUCCCCACUGCGGGGAGGGGGGGGGAGUUAGAUUCCCUGACUUGCAUAAAUGAUGAGAAGUUGAACAAGUUCUCUGAUUUUUGGCGCUCACCUGGCAGUGUUUCCCAAACUUGGGUCUCCGGCUGUUUUGGGACUACAAUUCCCAUCAUCCCUGACCACUGGUUCUGCUAGCUCGGGAUGAUGGGAGUUGUAGUCCCAAAAGAGCCAGAGACCCAAGUUUGGGAAACCCUGGUUUGGAGGUUCGUUCCUAGGGAAGAAGUGUGGAGCGUUGAACCCCUCCCUAUCACUGGGAAUCAUAUUUGGGGCACGGCUCCUGUUUCUGAGGAUUCGGACAUACCAUUGCAUCCAUGAGGGCUAGCACCUUGGUUUCUCUAGUGAAAGCCGAUGUUCUCUGCAAGCCACAUGCCACAAACAAUAUGCUGCACUCACACACACCUGGUGUUCCUGCACUGUAAUUUGUUUUGCACACUGUUUAGAGAUUUUUAAACAUUAAGCAAAAGUUUUGGAAUACCUUAAAUAAAUUGUGUCCCGUAGUCGGACUGUGCUGGUGACACGGCUUGUUCCUUGACCAAAUCUGUCCAAGGCCAAGAGAGAGACGAUCCCUUGCCACUUGAGUGUUGUGCAUGACUGUCCACAGCAGCCUGUGGACUUCUGGUGAGUCUUCCCUUGGAAGGAAAAUAAGACGGGGGUGGAUUUGUGAACCUCUAAAUGUGGUUACUAAGAGCCCAUUGAGCUCAACACCCUGUCCUCAUGUUGCCACUCAGGUGCAACAGGGAUGGGGAACUGGCGACUCUCCAGAUGUUGGGACAAAAGAAGGUGGCACCCUGCCAGAUAUUUCCCUUAAAAAACCCCAAAGCCUGUAUUUUUUAAAAAAAUAAAUGUUCAGACUUCAGGAACCACACCAGAUUCUUCAUCUGCAGUGGGUAUCCUGGAAGAGUGUAAUUAGCUUAAAAGAUGUGAGGAUGUGUUGUCAAGUUAAAUUUGCCCCCAUCUCCAGUGAGUGGGCAGAAAUCUCCCCUUCUAAGGCUGCAAUCCUAAAGGCUGGUUCAACACAUUGCGGCUGACUUCUGAGUAAGUGGGGGAAGGUUUUUGGUCGCAACCGAGCGUGAUGUCAAACAGGGAUCACCAGAGAACCCAACAAGGCUUCAAAUCCACUGGGCUUUCCGUAAAAGGGACUAGCAUGCUUUGGGAUCUGAGAUGCUUCCGGGCAAAACAAGGUUGCAGCCAACUGAAUCAUUCUCAGAGCAGACCCAUUGAAAUGAAUGGAUGUGACUAAAGGGCCCCAUUAACUUCAAUGGGUUGCUCCUGGCGGUAGUCCUAUUCAGAGUAGGCUCAUUGAGGUUAGUGGCCCUAGUGUUAGUGGUUGUGUUCGUUAGCUUCAAUGCUGGAUAGUGGAUGCAGCCCAUUGAUGUUAAUGGGCCCAAAUUAGUCGUGCCUAUUCCUUUCUAUGUGUCUACUCUUGAGUAAGUUAGAGGCAAGCUUUUUUUGGGGGGGGGGUCAAAUCCCAUCCAGGUGGAUUAUGUCUUCACACACACAAGGUUCCUGUUUGGUGCAAGGAGAGUCUUAUGACAAAGCUCAUUCCAGACUUCUAGGCCUGGUCCAGAUCCAUCCCUUGCACCCACGUUCACACUUCCUCCCCUGCUCUUUUAUGACUUGUGGCUUUGCUUCAGAAAGGUGUUUGUCUGUGAGAGAGGGAUCUGAGGCACUGUGUUUGUUUCUGUGUUAAUUUAAAUGCCAACUCUCUUGUGGCGGAAUCCUCAUUAAAAGAAGGAGAAAUCGCA